CCCCAUUGAGCUGCAAGACAUCGAUACAUCGUUGAGAUAACGCUGCUAUCAGCUGUUUAUCAUCAAUCGACUAUCAGCCUGGACCCCAAAUAAGAAUUCGCAAUAAAUCCGAUUCGUACAAAAUUCAAGUAAAAAGUAAAUUGUAAAUUGUAAUCAUGGCGAACCGUGCGCCGAUGCUGCGAAUCGGUCAGCAAGAUCUGAAAUGCCGCCAGGGCUGCGGUUACUAUGGAAACACACAGUUCGAUGGACUCUGCUCGAAGUGUUUCCGUGAACGCAACGAUAAGCAGCGGAAAAAGCAGAGAGCUAGCGAGUAUCAUGAAGCUGCCAAUUCCGCUGGUGGAUCGAUCGAGCGCAGGUCGCCGCAGCAUUCGCUCUCGCUGGACCGUGUCAAAAAGAAGCAGCAGCAGCAACAGCAGCACGAAUCCGAUUCCUCGCCAGUUGCCACAGCUAGCACCAUGCCCCGAAAGAAGUUCACCGUGCCGGCUGUGCUCCAGAAGACACUAAAAAAUACAUUUCCUGCUGCUGUUGCACAACAACAACAACAUCAGCCUCGCAUUCCGAGUGCCACCGAAUCGCAGUUUAUGUUGCAGCUGCGUCAAUUGCGUCUGCCGGACGAUGCCAAGCGCAAGCUGAAGAGCGAGAUACAGCGUUUGGAUCACGAGAUACGCAAAUACAUGAACAAUCACAGCAGCAAGAAUGUCGAUGAACUGUCCGAUCUUGUCCAGAAUGCUUACACACGCUUCGCGGACAUUGUGCAUAAUGAUGCACGCUUCGAGAUCGCAACGAACGAGGAUCGCGAGAGUGCCAUCGAUUUCUUUGAGAAGGUCGUCAUGACACAGAAUCACAACUUGCUCUUCAGUCCAUAUUUUACCACUGAUGAGGAGAGCGAUAUUAAGGUGCAGAAGCGCAUACGACAACUGAGCUGGAUAACAUCGAAGCAUCUCGAUUGCAGCAUUGAUGAGGUGAACGCGGAGGCGAGGGAUUUGGUCUACAAUGCCAUCUCGGAGCUGGUGGGCAUCGAUUCGUAUUAUUCGCCGCAGGAGAAACUGUUGUGCACCGUUCGCUGUUGUCGCCACAUUUUCGAGCUGCUCAAGAGCUCCAAGGGCGGACCUGCAAGUGCUGAUGAUUUCCUGCCAGCGCUAAUCUUUGUGGUGCUCAAAGCGAAUCCGGUGCGCCUGCACAGCAAUUUGAAUUUUGUGAAUCGCUUCACGAUUGCGUCGCGAGUGAUGAGCGGCGAGGGUGGCUAUUAUUUCACCAAUCUCUGCUCGGCCAUUGCCUUCAUUGAGAAUCUAAACAAUGAGAGCUUGAGCAUUGGUGCCGAUGAGUUUGAGUCUUUAAUGUCGGGCGCCCAGGCCUUUAGCACGCCUUGGGAGAGUGCGUUGCUCGCCUGCGAGAGUCUGCAUCUCAUCUCGGAGAAUAUGAAGUGCAUGGAACAGUUGCAGAAACGAAAUACGGCGAUUAGCAACGGGAUCAAGGACUUUGAGCGCGAAUUGCUUGAGUUUCAGCGUGAGGUGACGGAGAAGGUGGACACUGUGAUGGCCAAGGCGCCACUAACACUGCUGCCCAUUAAGACGCCGCCUCAUCUGAUUGCCCAGGCGCGUGCUCAUUUGGCACAGGAUGGCGUUGAGGCAGCCGUUGGCCAUUAUUCGUCCAAUCUGCUGAGUGGCGCACACAAUCAGCACUCGCUGAUAGCCGCUAAGGGCAAGGAGAAGGAGAAACCUGUCGAGGAAGCCCAGUUGGAGGCGUCGCAUACGCUCUCGCUGAAGGAUACGAGUGUCAGCUCUGUGGGUCGUCUGUCGCCGCUGCAUCAUCAGUUGGCCCAAACGGAUCAGUUGUUCGCCUCGCCCCUCUUCAACAAUUAUACGCCCUUCGAUGCUGUAUCGCUGCUGGAGGAAUCCUCGGAGCAUGCUGAUGUCCUGAUGCUGGGCCACGAAUUCCAAGGUGGAUUGACGAACAUCAACUACGAUUUCGAUUUGUCCGAUCAGAGUGGCGAUAAUAGCGUUGCCGAUGAUCCAAAACUGAAUUUGGAUGAAUUUGAUCCACUUGCGCAGCGCGGAAUUCCAAAAGCACCCGUUGUAGCUGAGACCAGUGUGCUGGAUACCACGUUGGAUAGCUUGAUAGACAGCGAUGUGCCCGCCACGGGUGUACUUUUGCCAUCCCCCUUAAAGCCGGAGGUGGCCAAUUAUCGGGGAUUCUCCAAUUUCGAUAUUCCAAGCAUCUCGUGCAAUACGGGUGACUUUAGUUCACUCAAUCAGGAUGUCAAUGAUCCCGGACAGCCAACAAAUAAUAAGUAAAUGUCCUUCCUGCACCUAAGAACAAAUUGUAAAUAACGCUUGAAUUUAAUUGCACAUAUUUAUUUGUAUUAUAAAAAUAAUUACUUUUAAGUAUUUUAUCCAAAUGAAAUAAACAAGUUGACACACGAAGCCAGAAGAUAUGAAAUAAUA